AUGUCUUACAAAAAUUUAACAACAUACGCUGUUUGUCUGCUGGCUAUUGCACUUUGGUGUGUUCUAUCAAAUGCAUCACCAUUGAAUGUCAACAGUGAAGAUAGCAAUAACUGUGCAAAGUAUGAAGUUUCACACUCAAAUCACUGUUAUUAUCUCGAUGGUAGUGGUGGACAGUGCGCAAGUGGCUAUAAGAGAGCAUCGGAAACUGUUCUAAAAGCAAUUGCAACUCAAUUUAAGGGUAAAACAUAUAAAUCAAAAGUAAGUGAUAAUUGUUGUGUAUGGACAUCGAAUGCAUAUGAAAAUUGGGGCAUGCCAGCUACAUCCUGUAAUGUACCUGGUACAUUUCAAUCUGGACCAGUACUUGGUGGCAGUCUUUGUACACAAGCACAACAACAUUAUCCAGCACAAUUGACGUUUUGUGGAAGCAGUUAG